CACACACACACGGAAAUUGAAAGUAUUUCACCUGUCGCCAUUUUAAGCAGGUAAAAUACGAUGCGUAAAAACAGAGCAUCAAAGUGUUUAAGAGAAACGUUUAUCAAGGUUUAAGCAGGAAUUUCUGUGUAUCUUUAUGACGUUAAAGCUGGAGGAUUUGAGAAGCUGUAUCUUGUAAAAGUUUGAUCAAGAGUCAGUGGAGGAGAUCAAACUCAUCAGAUUCUCCUGCAGCUUCAUCAUGGCUGAUUCACAAGGAUCCAGAGGUGGAGAUUUUUUUUCAGCAUGCAGUUCAGUCCAGCAGAAGAGAUCAAACCCAGAGUCCAGCUGUGUGUCUGUGAAGAGUAACUGGUCUAUGGAUGAGCCAAUAGUGUUUAAGAGUGAAGACACACGGCCUGAUCUCAGGUCAAGUCUUCUAUCCAGACCAAUUAAAAUCAAAACUGUGUUUACGCCCGUGAUUCAACCACAAGACUUUAAUGAAAGAAUGAAUCCUGGUUUCAGCCAUGACUCUAAACCUGCUGAAGUCCUCAACACAUUGAGAUCAAAUCUGAGAAAGAACUUUGAGUGUUUGUAUGAGGGAAUAUCAAAGCAGGGAAACCCAACACUCCUGAAUGAGAUCUACACAGAGCUCUACAUCACAGAGAGUGAAAGUGGAGAGAUCAAUAAUGAGCAUGAGGUGAGACAGAUUGAGACACAGUCCAGGAGAGCAGCAACAGAGGACACACCGAUCAAAUGCAGUGACAUCUUUAGACCUUUACCUGGACAAGACAAACCCAUCAGAACUGUGCUGACAAAGGGAGUCGCUGGCAUUGGAAAAACAGUCUCUGUGCAGAAGUUCAUCCUGGACUGGGCUGAAGGGAAAGAGAAUCAGGACGUCCAGCUCAUAUUUCCACUUCCUUUCAGAGAGCUCAACUUGAUGAAGGACAAAACACUCAGUCUUUCAGAUCUUCUUCAUGUCUUUUUCCCUGAAACAAAAGAAAUGGAAAUAUCCAGUGACAAAUAUAAAGUGUUGUUCAUCUUUGAUGGUCUGGAUGAGUGUCGUCUGUCUCUGGAUUUUCAGAGCAAUGUGAGGUUGUGUGAUGUGACUGAAUCAGCCUCAGUGGACGUGCUGCUGAUGAACCUCAUUGUGGGGAAUCUGCUUCCCUCUGCUCUCAUCUGGAUCACCUCCAGACCAGCAGCAGCUGAUCUCGUCCCCUCUGAGCGUGUCCAUCGAGUGACAGAGGUACGAGGCUUCAGUGACCCACAGAAGGAGGAAUACUUCAGGAAGAGAAUCAGUGAUCAGAGUCUGGCCGACAGGAUCAUCUCACACCUGAAGUCAUCAAGGAGCCUCUUUAUUAUGUGUCAAAUCCCAGUGUUCUGCUGGAUCUCAGCCACUGUUCUAGAGAAGAUGUUGAGUGAAGCAGAGAGUGGAGAGAUUCCCAAGACUCUCACUCAAAUGUACACACACUUCCUGAUCAUUCAGACCAACAUCAAACAUGAGAAGGACUAUGAGAAGAACGUGACAGAUGAAGACGUGAUCAUCAAACUGGGUAAAGUGGCUUUUCAGCAGCUUGUGAAAGGAAACCUGAUCUUCUAUGAGGAAGACCUGAGAGAGUAUGGCAUUGAUGUGACAGAAGCAUCAGUGUACUCAGGAUUGUGCACUCAGAUCUUCAGAGAGGAGUUGGGCUUGUAUCAGGGGAAAGUCUUCUGCUUUGUUCAUCUGAGCAUUCAGGAACAUCUAGCAGCUCUGUAUGUGCACCUCUUUUUUAUACAGAACGGUUCACAGUUUUUCUCUUGUGUGUUUUCUGACCUCUCAAUGUUUUUCACAUAUACUUUAUCUGACUUACAUCAGAAGGCUGUGAAUGAGGCUCUACAGAGUCAAAAUGGACAUCUGGAUCUUUUCCUGCGGUUUCUUCUGGGUCUGUCAGUGGAGUCUAAUCAGAUUCUCCUACAAGGACUAAUGAACCAGACAAGAAGCAGAUCAGACAGCAAUGAGGAAACCAUUGAGUUCAUCAAGAUGAAGAUCAGCACCAUUGACUCUCCAGAGAAAUCCAUCAAUCUGUUCCACUGUCUGAAUGAACUGGGUGAUCAUUCACUAGUGGAGGAAAUACAACAGUAUCUGAAAUCUGGAAGAAUAAAGGGAGCUAAACUCUCUUCAUCUCAGUGGUCAGCUGUAGUGUUUGUGUUGUUGACAUCAGAAAAGAUGCUGGAUGUGUUUGAUAUUAAUAAUUUUGUUGAAAAACACAAUAAAACUGAAAAACUAAAGGUUUUUCAGAAGCUGCUGCCCGUGAUGAAAGAAUCCAGAUCAGUUCAUUUGAGUGAUUGUAAUAUCACAGAUGAAGGUUGUGCUGCUCUGACUUCAGCUCUGAGAUCAAACCCCUCACACCUGAGAGAACUGAAUCUGUCUAGGAAUAAAAUAGGAAAAUCAGUGAAUCUGCUGUCUGAUGUACUACAGGAUCCUCACUGUAAACUGGAGAAACUGUGGUUGAGGAAGUGUGGCAUCACAGAUGAAGGUUGUGCUGCUCUGACUUCAGCUCUGAGAUCAAACCCCUCACACCUGAGAGAUCUGAAUCUGUCUAGGAAUAAACUAGGAAAUUCAGGAGUCACGCUGCUGUCUGCUGUACUGGAGGAUUCUCACUGUAAACUGGAGAUACUGUGGUUGAGUGACUGUGGCGUCACAGAUGAAGGUUGUGCUGCUCUGACUUCAGCUCUGAGAUCAAACCCCUCACACCUGAGAGAUCUGAAUCUGUCUAGGAAUAAACUAGGACAAUCAGGAAAGAAGAUGCUCUCUGAUCUGAAGGAUGAUCCACAUUAUAAACUGGAUACAUUAUACUAUUGACUCUCAGUAUUUAGACGUCAGUUCAGUUUCCUCAGGAUCAGCUGAUGGUGAAUAAGGAGCCGCUACAGAGAUGAAGACACAGAGACACACAGCGAUCACACUGAUGUGUGUGCUUGAAUUUUAUAGUAAUGCUCAUGAAAAUGAGUGCUGAAAAUAGCAACUUUUUUAUUGUUUCAAAUUUGUUAGAUAUUGAUUAUAAUGUAGAUGGUGUAACACUCAAAAUACACAGCAAACGAUUAAAGCAAAGUAAAAAAAAACAAGUCAUAGACAGAUUUAUUGUGCAAUACAGACAGUGUUGGGAAAAGUUUUUACAAGUUUUAUUAAAGAAUCUGACUACAGAAGAGACAGAUGUUGUAAAUUUGUCUACCAGCAGAGGGUAAAAAAUAUUAUGCAAAUAAUUUUACUGAACAUUUAUUUCUGUAAAAUAUUUGUAUUAUUUAUCUAUUUUUUAUGUGAUGAGCUAUUAAAGUUUCCAUCAAAAUCUUUA